UAACACAACUAAAAAUAUGAGGAGUCGAGUGAGCGUAGUGAAAUGGCCCCUACGGACCAUCACUUCUGGCCGGUUCCUUUCCACCACGGCGCAAAGAAGCCAGGCUUCCGACAGUGGAUUAGAAAUCGGUACAAAACCAGUACAGUCGUGUCCGGCAAAGGGUUAUCGUGCGCGAUCGACUCACGCGGCGAUCGAUUCGUCUGUGUUCGACAUGGCCCCGUCGAUCAAGUCGUGGGAAGAAGUUCCGGGGCCCAGGCCUCUGCCGUUCUUGGGGAACACUUGGAGAUUCACGCCUUAUAUUGGUGGCUAUUCCGUGGAGCACAUCGACAAAGUAUGUCUGUCUCUUCGGGAAGACUUUGGGAACUGUGUGAAGGUGACAGGUCUACUUGGCAGACCUGAUAUGCUGUUUGUCUUCGAUGCCAGUGAAGUUGAACGUGUAUUUAGAGGCGAAGAUGCUGCACCCCAUAGACCUUCAAUGCCCUCAUUGAACUAUUACAAACACACUCUCAGGAAAGACUUCUUCGGAGCCGAGGAAAACUGCGCAGGAGUCAUUGCAGUUCACGGUGAAUCCUGGUCAGCCUUCCGGACAAAAGUGUCUCGUGUAGCCUUAAGUGCUGGCGCCGCUGCACAAUACACGGUGCCAGUAGCUGAAGUAGCUGAUGCUUUCAUCCAAAGAAUACGUAAAAUAAGGAAUGAAAAUUCAGAAACUCCAGACGAUUUCCUGAAUGAAGUACACAAGUGGUCUUUGGAAUCCCUCAGCCUCAUAGCCCUAGACACUCGCCUCAACUGUUUCGAGGCCUCGGAAGACUCGGAAAGCAUGAAGCUCAUACACGCAGUCCAGACCUUCUUCCUGAGCGUCGGCGAGUUGGAACUGCGUGCGCCCUGGUGGAGACUGUACCCUACCAAGAUGUUCCGACAAUAUGUUGCUGCUUUAGAUACUAUCCUUAGCGUGACUCUCAGACAUGUCGAGAAGGCGCUAAAGGAAUGCGAAGCGACCGGCAGCAGCAAGUCACUGCUACAAGACCUGGUGGCGGCUGCUGGGCCAAGAGUAGCAGCUGUGGCCGCUUUAGACCUGUUCCUAGUGGGGAUUGAUACGACAUCAAACGCGGUAGCUUCCAUUUUGUAUCAGCUAUCAUUACGACCAUCAGUGCAGGAGCGCCUGUAUGAAGAAAUUAGCAAAGUACUGCAGGACAGGCCGAUGAAACCCGGCGAUGUUAACCAGAUGCCGUAUCUGAAGGCCUGCGUCAAGGAAGUAUUGAGAAUGUAUCCCGUGGUGAUUGGUAACGGUCGACAGUUAACUAAAGACACAGUUAUUUGCGGCUACAAUAUACCCAAAGGCACUCAAGUAAUAUUCCAGCACUACGUAAUGGGCAACACUGAUGACUACUUCUCAAACGCGUCAGAGUUCCGUCCGGAGCGAUGGCUGAACCGAUCUCCCGCUCAGAAGCAUCAUGCCUUCGCUUCCUUGCCUUUUGGUUACGGGAAGAGGAUGUGUUUGGGCAGAAGAUUUGCUGAACUGGAAAUACAUACUGUUAUUUGCAAGAUGGUGCAAGCCUUCAAAAUGGAAUACCACCAUGAACCCAUGGAUUAUCACAUACACCCCAUGUACACGCCAAAUGGACCAAUCAGAAUAAAGCUGACGGAUCGGUAGACUAGUAACUAUUUAUAGGUGUAAUAUUUGUAGGUGUAAGUAAAUAACUACAAUAGAUGUAAUUAUGUAAUGUACGGUGCCACCAGUAAAAAAUAUUCCUUAAACAAUCAAAUUUGUACUAUCAUAAACCUUCUUUGGCAGUCGUUACGUGUAGUCAGAAGCCAGUAAGUCUGACACCAAUCUAACCAAGAAGUAUUGGGCUGCCCGGGUAACUGGGUUGAGGGGGUCAGAUAGGGUAGUCGCUCCUUGUAAAGCACUGGUACUCAGCUACAUCCGGUUAGACUGGAAACCGACCCCAACAUAGUUGGGACGUUAAUAUUGUAAAAAUUAAACAUUAUGAAAUCAAUGGUUAAUGGUUGCCACCAUUUAUUUUGAUUUCUUCAAGCCAAAUCAUGACAAUGUAUUGUAUAAAGAAUGAAAUACCAGAAUUUGUAGGCAAAAGUAGCGUGUGUAGUAUGCAUCUAGUUGUAAAGAAAAGUACUUUAUUUAAUUUAAGAUAUUAUUCGAGUGAUAUUCAUUAGUUACCAGAAUGAUUUAGGAUAUUAUAUUGUCAAAGUUUUAUUUUUGUUGUGAAAUAUAGCCAGUUAUUUUCAUAA